GCUCAAUAAUUGAUUUAUCAGUAAAAUCAUUUUUUCUAAUUUUUCUUUAUGCAUUUGUUAUAAUUUAGUGUAUUAUUCUCAAAUGCAAAUUCCUGUUGCAACUGCAAAUCGACCAUCUCUGACUAAUUUGGGACAGAACAAUUCUGCAGCUUUCAAAAAAGAAAGGAAACUCAUACGCAUUCAAGAACCUGGAACGUUCAGGGAUAUAACUGAAGACAUUAUGAGUGCUGGAAGUUCUGGUUAUUCAAGUGCCAGAGGGACAUCUCCUGUUGAUUCUGGGCACCAGGACAAUCAUAUUGCUGCCAUGUUUGCAGCUCAAGUUGCAGCACUUGCUAAUGGAACUUCUAUUAAGUCAUCAUUACAGAAUGUUUCUGUAAAUCUAGAACAAGCUUCUUUAGUGAAUAAUGUGAUUGUAGAACAGCAAGAAACUGACUCCAACAAUCGGUUAUCAGAAAGUGAUGAUUUUAUUGAAACAAAUGUGAUAUUAAAUGAAAAUGGACCACCUGAUAAUAGGAUAGACACAAUUGAAGAAAUUAAAAAAGAAAUUGAUAGGCCUAAUGUUGAAACAAACGUAUCAAUGAUGGCUCAGGUAAUAGAUUGUGUUGGACCAGAAAAGUGUGUUUGUGAUAAAUCUGAAUUAAUACCAGACAGUCAGUCUACCUCUUCUGUAGAUAUUGAACUAUGCAGAUCAAAUUUAAUAAUAAACACAAAUAAAAUGUUAGAACCUCAUAAUGAAUUGCAGAUGAAUGAAAAUUUUGAUGAAUAUAUAGAUGAAAUAAGUCUUUCAAAUAAACCAAGUAGGAGAAUUGAUGAAAGAGAGAUAAUUGAAAAAUCACCUGGUUUAAAUCGAGAAAUAUAUGAAAAUAAGUCAAACACACUUCAGUUCAUUGAAACUCAGUCAGAUAUAGAUGAAAAACAAAAAUGUGUUUCACCUCAAAAUGGCGAAAUUGCAGGAGAAGCAACAACUAAUGAAGUCAAAGAAGUUGUAGAAGGUAAGCUAAUGAAUAGUAAUUAGGUUAUGUUAUGCUUGAUAUACUUUUUUAAAAUUAUAUAAAUCACUAUUUUUCAACAUUUUUUUAUAAU